AUGCUUGAGGAGGCAACCAUCUAUUGGUGGAUGGAGAAAAUCAGAAAUGAAUACGCGCGUCUCGGCUGCAGCUUUGAUGACGAGGGGCUCCCACUGUGCGGCUGGACUCAGUCGGGCGAUGACGCCGGAGACUGGAUCAGGAACUCGGGAGCAACCCCCAACCCCAGCACCGGUCCACCUGGGGACCACACCACCGGCUCCUCCUUCUACCUCUACCUGGACUCUGCGUCCGUGGGAGCUGGGGGAGGAGUGAGGCUCCUGAGCCCCAGCAUCAACACCAACCAGAACGUGUGCCUGAGCUUCUGGUACCACAUGUUCGGCGAUGAACUUAUGACCCUGAACGUGCACGUGCUGGCGGACGGCGUAGAGAGACGCGUGUGGCGUGCGGAGGGGCAGCAGAGCAGCGCCUGGCUGCAGGGAACCGUCACCAUCCAGGCCAAGCCAGACACCCAGGUCAGUGGCCCCUAAUACUCACCAGAACCGUCACCAUCCAGGCCAGGCCAAACACCCAGGUCAGUGGCCCCUAAUAUUCACCAGAACCGUCACCAUCCAGGCCAGGCCAAACACCCAGGUCAGUGGCCCCUAAUACUCACCAGAACCGUCACCAUCCAGGCCAAGCCAGACACCCAGGUCAGUGGCCCCUAAUACUCACCACAACUUUCACCAUCCAGGCCACACACCCAGGUCAGUGGCCCCUAAUACUCACCAGAACCGUCACCAUCCAGGCCAAGCCAGGCACCCAGGUCAGUGGCCUCUAAUAAUCACCGGAAACGCACAACAAGGGCCUGAUUCAUUUAGCUAUUCUUGGCUAUUAUUCUUCCACUUUGAAGAAAUUACAGCCAUUUUCUUCGAAAAUCUUACGUAAAUGUUAUUUUGAAAUUGCCCGUCUGCUAAUUCUCAAUCUUACUGUGUUCUCAAUGCCUCUCGCAGUAGUUGUAUCUGAGUGUACCCUAUUCAAUACGUUUCUGCUCUUUCAAUUGCU